GUGAGUGGUCCUCUGCUGUCACGGACACGAAGCCGUGCCCACUCUCUUCACCUUCCCAAGUACCUACCUGGCACUGAGGGUGUGUCACGCGGGCCAGAGCUUGCCAUCUGCUCCUUCCGCUGUCCGCGCAUCUUUUUCGAGUCAGCUCCUGGCGAAAUUGCUAACCUAGAUUUCUUUUUUUAUAUCGAGGAUGAUAAAAAUACUGAGCAACCAAAUGCCAUGGCAACUAAAGAAUUACGGUGAAGUGCUGAGUGCAUGAGCAGCAGCCGGGCGACAGAAGCUCGCCGAUUCCCGUGAUGGAUAUUUGAACGACGCAAGCCUGGGAUCGAUCACUGAGCCGACUUAAUGGACUGAAGCGCCCGCGGUGCCCUAGUCCGGUGAGCCUCUUACAUAAGAGUCGGAGUAACGGCGAGUCGCCUUUAACAAGCUGCGGUACCCACUUACGGGUGAUACAGGUGUGCGGUCAGGGCGUCGCCCUUCUGGCUCGGCUGAUUAGCCGGAGAACACGGGAUCACGGAGCGGUCCAGCGGGAUAGUUCGCCAUUCACUUGGGAGAGAGCACCGUUCGUUUGGCACUGAAGCCUCUUUGCUCCUAAGCUGCUUAGCCUAAGCCCAGAUGUAGAAGCCGGGCGCAUAUCCAGCUGCAGUGAUUGAAACAGGGACACGGGCACGCGCGUCCCGUCCUGCGCUCCUCGCCCUCUUCCGCUCCGGGAUGCGCAGCACCUGAGCGCUCUCUCUCUCUCUCUCUCUCUCUCUCUCUCUCUCUCCUCAUCGCGGUGGCAACUUCCGAGUGAACUUUCGAGUUGGACUGAUGGCGAAAAUCCGCGUGUCUUACGAGUACUCGGAGGCGGAGGACAAAAGCAUACGACUAGGACUCUUUCUCAUCAUCUGCGGGGUCCUGUCGCUCUUCAUCCUGGGUUUCUGCUGGCUCAACCCUACGCUGCAAAACCUGCAGUGCAAGACGGCCAACUGCACCGUGCUGUCCGUACAGCAGAACGGGGAGAUGUUUGAGUGCACUUUCACCUGCGGGACGGACUGCAAAGGCACCUCGCUGUACCCCUGCCUGCAGAUCUACGUGAACAACUCUGAGUCCAACUCCAGGGCGCUCCUGCACUACGACGAACAGCAGCUCCUGCUUAACCCCAAGUGCUCAUACAUUCCUCAAUGUGAGAGGGACAACGAGAAGAAUUCCGAGAAGGUUCUGCUGUGGCAGGACUACUGGUCCAAGCAGAUCAGCUCACAGUCCUUCAUCUGCUACUUCAACCAGCACAGGAGGCCAGAAGAUGUUCUGCUGAAGCGCUCCCACGAUGAGAAUGUCCUUCUGCACUGCGUCCUCUGGCCUCUGGUCACUCUGCUGGUGGGCAUCCUUAUCGUAGUGCUUACCAUCUGUGCCAAAAGUCUGGCGGUGCGGGCAGAAGCCUUCCAGAAGAGGAAGUUCUCUUAAGAAGAGGAGGACAAUGCCUCUGAGGGUGGGGUGGGGGCUCGAGAAUCGGGUCCACGGGUGAAGGGUUAGGGAUAACAUGAAGACAACGAGGGGAGGAGCAGGCAAUGUGAUGCUGCGUGGACUACUCGAUGCCCACAUCAAGUGAGUCUCUUUCACAACAAACAUGUAGCGAGAAAAGUGCAAAGACGGCGUGCGUGUGUACAGUACAUUGAAACGCUCUCCCUGGCGUAUGUUUGUGUGUGUGUGUGCGUGCGUGUGUGUCCGUGUGCUCGAAUGUCCUCACGCACCACGCACAGUUAGUGUAGGAAGCUGCUGAACUCUAUGCUGUCCAGUGCUGUUUGAUAUACUGUAGUGCCCUUCACCGUAGGACGACACGGAGCCUUAUGCAUCGCUAAUGAUUUACGGCUCACGGUCUCCUUUUCUUUAUCUUUAAGUCUGAAGUCAAUCAUUUUAUUAUGGCUUUCUGAAAUGUAGCGACUUUUUCUACAUUAGUGCAGUCAUGACCACUGCGAGCUUGCCAAGGGGCCUGACCUUCACCCAAUUCAUUUAAGAGCACUAAACAGAGGUGACCCUGGCGUACGCUCAUAUAGCGCCUUUGAGUCACAAAGAAACUCAUGUUCAUUGUUAUCUUCAGGGUAAACUAAGGUCAAUGGUCUUCACAUCAUGUAGCGCCUUGUAUGAGGAACGACCUCACAAAGCAAUGUGCAGAGUGUAUAGAGUGAACUGAUGACCAGAAUUAAGCUGAGUGUAUUUAUUUUAUUUAACGCCUUUGAUAAAAGCAUUCACCGCGUAACACAAUCUAUACUCUCAUGAACUGCAAAUGAAUUAAGUCAAUCAGUAUUUAUUUUAUAUAGCGCCUUUGAUAAAAGCAGUCACCGUGUAACACAAUCUAUAUCUCUCAUGACCUGCAGCCGGAUUAACUUGUUUAGUAUUUAUUUUGUAUAGCCCUUUUGACAAAAUAAUUCACCAUGUAACACAAUCUACACUCUUUUAUGAACUGCAGCUCUUAGUUUACAUGGCACCUUUGGUAGGGAGCACACCCACAAUCUCUACACAAAUGGUUGUCCUUUUAGCUACUGUCUCCGUUUCUCAGUACAAAACAUACAUUAAAUGUAACAGUGGUGGAAUAAAUUAAUGCUUUUUUCAAUUUUAAUUCUUAGAGCAGAGUAUCACUUAUGGAUGCAGUUUGUUAUACGCCAAUUGCAAAUAUGAACAAAGGACAGCAUUCAAACAAAACAUAACACUGAAACAUACAGCGCCUUUCAGGUUGAGCAUGUCUGGGCUUUGCAUAGACGGCAGGGCUAAACCUACUAAAAGUUUCAUUUCCGUUGCUUCUCAAUGGGUCCCAGUCCGGGCGGUUUGUCGUGUGGUUGGUACAGAUGUAAGCAGCGCAUGCUCCCAGCCCUCGAUGGUUAAAACACACGGCCGCGUUAAUCCAGCAGGACUCUCGGGAUUAAUCUGCAGCGCGACGCAGGCGGCCGAGGAUUACGAAAACAUAAAUCACAAUUAAUGCUAAUUCAGGGUCACCGGAGCCCAUUCUGACAGCAUUGAGCUCAAGGUUGGAAACCCCCGAGACAGGACGCCUGUCCAGGUUUCUGGUCGAAGACACAUCCAGGUCUUUGGGGUUGUGCGAGGAAAACAGGAGUCCAAGCAGACACGGGGAAAAAAUACAAACACUCGCAAGAGCCGAGCGUGGCAUUCGAACUCAGGACGCAGGGCGCAUAGGGGGGCGUGUCAACGUGUCUGGCGUCAUUUUUGGGGCGCGGCCUUCGCGACAAGCUCAAAUGUAGCCUCGCCUACCGCUCGACCACACUAGAAUUAAAACGCGGGGAUAUAAUAAGGCUACCCAAACCGGAAUCACAGUUUUCAUCCUUUUACACAGCGCGUGAAACUUUUGUCCUGCCAUGUUUUUCCUGUAGGACCAAAAAGAAGCGAAUUGCGGCAGACGCAGCUGACAAGACCUAUCAGACUUCAGACAGAAACGGAAAAUGUGUAUAGCCAUAAUUAAAAAUAAAAGAGUUAAGAACUGCAACUAAUACUGGUAAGAGACAUCCAUCCAUUAUCCAACCCGCUAUAUCCUAACUACAGGGUCACGGUGGUCUGCUGGAGCCAAUC